AUGAAAUACCUAAACUUUUGUAUUGCUGCUGUGAGUUUUGUAUUGUCCAGCAGUGCAUAUGCCGCUCCGCCCAAACAACAGUCAAGCCGUCCACAUGUCCCAAACAUAAUAGUCAGUGUUUCCAGCCAGGACAACAACCGCAAUAGGCAGGAGUUUAUUACCAAAUUGGUGAAUAUGGCAGGAUUAGGAAUGAAACACAUUGGCAAACUUAUCAUUGACGACGUGAUAUACGAUCCCAAUUAUAGACAAGCGUAUUAUGUUAUCGAUGGUGAUCAGGCUCAUGAUAAAGUAGACUAUUGGGGAAGAGACGCACUUGUUGACGUGUUGCUAAGCGUCAUCCCUGAACCACCAGGACGUCCAAGUCCUGAUGGACAAUAUGAGUAUCCUGAUACACCCGUUCAAUCUGGACUGAUUGGCAGGUUCUGGUUAUGGCCGAAACACGAACCUAAAGUAGCGACACCGAAUGCUAGUAAUGCACCAAAGUCUAUUUUGAACAGACUUGAUGGAUAUCAUGCAUCGGCCGAGUCGUUUUCGCGCAGAUAUACUUUGUGGAGUCAACAAGUACUACAGCUUUUGAAUCAACUGGAUGUUCGAACCACCACUAUUCCAACAUUAAAACUGAUCGAUGCAUUCAAGUCGUUUGCUCAAAGCCUUGCUAGAGCUCUUGAAAGUGAGGAAGAGGGCAUACAGCAUACAGCCAGAGCACUCCAAAAUGGUUCAUCAAAGUUUAAAUCGCUUAAAGCGACCAAGGAAGUGAUGGUCAAACACCAAAAAAUCGUUAAAAAUAUACUGGAUGUCUUUGAACAAGAGGUUAAUCAGUAUCUACUUGUCGACUGGCUUCAUUCGAUUAAACUCAAGCCUAUACUUGGUAUCUGGUUCAAAUUUCACGAUGAAAUGAAUUUCAGGGCAGAAGGCUUGAUUGGAGAGAUAGAUAUAGUGUCAACAAGCUACUGA